GGAUUAGCCUUCAUCUUGAAUGUCCCAUCACCCUUGUUAACAGCACUGUCUGCCUAGCUCAACUAUUCUUCUCAGAUGGCACAAGGAGUUCCAAAAAGAAAAAUGUAAACAAACAAAACAAAGGACAGAUUAAAAUUAUUCUAUGACUACUUUUUCCUUACUCUAUUCUCAAAUUAAUAUUUCCUAAUCCAGAAUUUAUAUUGGCUCAAGCUCUGCUGUAUUUGAGAAAAUGCACUAGCACAAUGAGAAUUAACCAGCAUGUGGGCUAAUGACCCAUCAGUCACAUACUCACAUAUCAUAAGCUACUAGAAUGGUGAGAACAAAGAGAUGAACAGAAUCUAAAUAGAGGAUAUGGCAAAGGCAACCUUUCACUGGAAAAUAGGAAUUGCAGGAAGUAAAAAGGGCCCUUGUGACAUUUCAAAUUCCAUAAAAAGGGAAGAAAAGGCAAAGAAAAGAUGGAACCUAUGAAAAACAUUUGGUGAAAGAAUGUUUUUUCUUUUUUUAUCGAAGGUGCCAUGCCAGUUUCCACCUAGGGAUUAAAACAAAAACACGGGAAAUAAGAUUCAUUGCGAGAAUAAAAGUAGAUUCUCUCCUGUUUUGUUUCUUUAUCCUUGAUCAUGAAUAGAAGUGGAUUCUAAGUAAUCUGCUUUCAUCUAGUCAUGAAGAACAGGACUUCUUGAAUAUUUCUUCACCUGUUCAUCAUUGAUCCAAAGAUUAACCAGAAAAGAAGAAAAGAAAAGAAAAUGCAAGAAACUCUAAGUGCUUAUAUCAUGUUCUUCUUGUCACCCUCACCAUUGAGAAAAUGCAUACAUUCUAGAUUUCGUGGAAAAUUUCAAAUUCAGACUCCCUUCUUCAGUCCAAAUUCAACUGCUACAUCCCCAUUAAACCACAUGAUCCUAUGCAGAUCUCAGAAACUGUACUUUAGAACCUCUCUUGGUCUUUUUCCAGCCUCUUCCAUUAAUUAUGCAAGCAAAACACUAACCAUUCCUCACUCUUCUUGUUCUUCUUCAAGGCACUAUAUCUCUCCUUCACUUUUAUCUUCUGGUUUUCAUACUCCUCCACAGCCCAAUACGCUUCUUCUCUUCAACUGCUUAAAUAGUAACUCUCCCAUGCCAUCAUUUAUGUCUAACAUGCAGUCAAUUGAAUCCAUGUGCAGGUUCUGCUUGAACUCAAGGGAAAAAUCACGUUACAGUCAGGAGUAUAGAAGUACUUCAAAAGAUGAUGACUACAAGGGGCAUGAAUUGGGUACAAGGAUAUCAUUUGGCAUUCCUGAUCAUGUGCCAUAUAUCUGUAAUGAGUGCCAAAAAACUAAUGGAAAUUGUGGCAUUGGGUUGGAGUGCGUAUGCCACCCUCAAGAUUGUAGUUAGUUUCAUCGUCUAUGAUCUCUCGAAUAAUUGAUAUUUUAGUCUGUUUUCUUGUUCAUCCAGUUUUUAAUGGUUUUAAUGUUGAUUUCGCAGAAGACAAGGUAAUUUCAAUGGCAGGAUCAACUAAGCCUAUUGUCAA